AUGGAUGCCAUCAUGCUGCAAGAGAAACUGGUGGAACGUUUGCUGUGCCCACGAGUGAGAACUGCCAGACAGAAGGAGAAACAGUAUGUCGGUUUUGCAACUCUGCCCAACCAGGUCCACAGGAAGUCUGUGAAGAAGGGAUUCGAUUUCACGCUGAUGGUGGCGGGAGAGUCUGGUAUGGGUAAAUCCACGCUGGUCAACAGCCUGUUCCUCACAGACCUCUACAAAGACAGGAAGUUACUGAAUGCUGAGGAGCGUAUUAACCAAACCGUGGAGAUCAUUAAACACACAGUCGACAUCGAGGAGAAAGGAGUGAAGCUUAAGCUCACCAUUGUAGACACGCCGGGGUUUGGAGACGCCGUCAACAACAACGAGUGCUGGAAGCCGAUCACAGACUACAUCGAUCAGCAGUUUGAACAAUACUUCAGGGACGAGAGCGGACUGAACAGAAAGAACAUCCAGGACAACCGAGUCCACUGCUGCCUCUACUUUAUCCCUCCAUUUGGACAUGGGCUGCGUCCGGUGGAUGUUGAGUUCAUGAAGGCUCUGCAUGAAAAGGUGAACAUAAUUCCUCUCAUCGCAAAAGCCGACUGUCUCACGCCCAACGAGAUUAAGAAGCUCAAAGACCGAAUACGAGAGGAAAUAGACAAGUUUGGGAUCAAAGUGUACCAGUUCCCUGAAUGUGACUCCGAUGAGGAUGAAGAGUUCAAACAACUUGACAAAGAGCUGAAGGAGUGCACCCCGUUCGCUGUGAUCGGCAGUAACACAGUGGUGGAAGCUCGAGGGCAGAGAGUGAGAGGGAGACUGUACCCCUGGGGGAUUGUUGAAGUGGAAAACCAGUCGCAUUGUGACUUUGUGAAACUGAGGAACAUGCUGAUUCGUUCGCACAUGCACGACCUCAAAGAUGUGACCUGCGACGUCCACUAUGAGAACUACAGAGCACAGUGCAUACAGGAGAUGACCAGGUGUGUUAAGACAAAGCAAAAGAGUCUGAUUAAACUGGCUCAGGACAACCGUAUGGAGAGUCCCAUCCCCAUCCUGCCGCUGUCCACUCCAGAUGUGGAAACUGAGAAACUAAUCAAAAUGAAAGAUGAGGAGCUGAAGAGGAUGCAGGAGAUGCUGAAUAAGAUGCAGCAGCAGAUGCACGAGAAAGACCAGUGA